GAGUUUUUUUUUUAAAUAUUUAACACUAACUUUAAUGAGAAAAAGCAAGUAUGUAGGAUAUAAAAAUAUAUUUACUAUUUGUACCAUAUGUUAGUGUAAGUCUGUGUUACUCAAUAUGCCAAAGAAAUAUUGAGAUGUGAAAGUAGUUUUCCAAGUUUGUUUCAGUUGUCGCAUUUCUGAAGUUUAAGCCACAUGGGGGCUUCAAAAAAGAAUCCCCAGAGUGGGAAUUAUUUAUAUAAUCCAGCACUCCUACAAAAUUUAGAUUGGGAAAGUGUAAGGGGCUACUUGAAUCCAUUUAUAACAAAUGAAAAUCCCGGUGAACCAUGGCUUUUGGUAAGACCUUUACAACUAGAAGACUAUGAUAAAGGACUUCUUCAAAUAUUAUCGCAAUUAACAACUGUAGGAAAUAUACCAAGAUCAGCAUUUGAACGUCAGUUCUGGGAAAUGAUGAAAGCAGGAGGCUAUUAUGUUACUGUAAUAGAAGAUACUCGUGAUAGAAAAAUAAUAGGGGCAGCUACCCUAAUUACCGAGUAUAAAUUCAUUCACGACUGUGGUCUUAGGGGAAGAUUAGAAGAUGUCGUAGUAAAUAAUACUUAUAGGGGAAAACAAUUAGGAAAAUUGAUAGUACUAACAGUAUCCUUAUUAGCGAAGAAGUUGGGCUGUUACAAGAUGUCUCUAGACUGUAAAGAUCCUCUUAUUCCUUUCUAUAAAGGAAUUGGUUACAAAAUCGAACCCGGGAAUUCUAAUUCCAUGAUAAUCCGCUACGAAACGCCUACGGCUUCGGGGGGUCCCUCCUGACAAUUAGCCGCUAACACUAGUUAUCCUAAAUCCAAGCUUUAAAAAGGGAUUUUUACUGCAUUUAGUGAAUACUUUGCAAUCAAUUAAGUGAAGUAUGCAUUAAAUCAGUGAAAUUUCUUUUGCGUCCCUUUGUAUUUAGUUUUUUCCUUAGAUUCUUUUAGUGUUUGCUAUUUUUAUGUUAAUAUUUGUCACGCUUUAAAUCUUCUGUUAAUGUUUGUCCUAUUGUGGGUGUUUUUAAAUGUUUGUGUUCUUCGUAACAUUCCUUAAUGUUUGUCUAUCGGUUUCUUAAAUCAAAUGUUCCUUUAAUUUUUAAUUUUCAUAAUUUUUGCCAGUUCAUGGUUCUAUAAAAAAUUCUUACUUUUUUUAAUAC